AUGAUUAGGAUAGUCUUCGACGUCUCCGCCCUAACCGUCCUAACCUACGCGCCCUUCACCUACCUCCUCACCACCUACUACGAGAUCAGCGCUCUCACCGCCGCCGCCAACAUAACCAUCGAAGUCCUCUCCUUCGCCAUACCCACAUACCUCCUCCGCCCCCGCUCCAUCGUCCACCGCAACAACGAGCCCCUGCGCAACCGCUUCCUGCUCAACAGCAUCCAAGUACAAGUUUCGUCGUCUAUGCUCGCCAUCGCCGUGUACAUUGUUGUGCUGUGGGCGGGCCAGACAAGCGGUUUCCUGAACACGUUCUUGGUCCAGUACUUCGAUAUCCCUACGCUGGAAGCGGCGCACAAUGAGUCUCCGGUGUCGAUUCUGGCGAAGACUAUUGUGGUGGGUUGGGCGGCGAAGGCGUUCUUGCUUAAUCCGAGUUUUGCGGCGCAAAGAUCCGGUGCGCAGACGCCCGUGGAGGUGUUUGAUCCGAGUACUGCGACGCUGCCGAAGACUAUUGAGCAUAACUUCUUUAACUAUAGUAAGAGGACAAGGACGCUUAUUCAGCAGACGGUUAUUCUGAAUGCGUUCUUGUUCGCGGGUACCGUUCAACGGUGUAUGACGCUCAUUGGCACCGAUGUUGUCGGUGCUGUGGGAUACGCGGGUGUCUGGGUUGCGGCGAAUACGGUGGUUGCGCUGUGGUAUGGUUGGGUUGGAGAUACUAGCACGGAUUACCAGCCGUUGUAG